UUAGGUGGAGAUGAUGAUAAAUGAACCUGAGAAAGAGGGGAAGCAGUGCACAUAACUGGAGAGUAGAUUAGCUCUUGUCGGGGCAGGAUGAUUCAUAAAAAAGUUUAAAAUAGUGAGGUAAGGAUAGGAGAGGCAGGCUCACGGAGUGGGGGGGUGGGGGCAUGAGCUGGGAUGAUGCUCCAUUCUUACCCUCCUCCCAUGGGGUGGGUGAGAUGUCAACAAGGUCCAGCACCAGCUGACAAGCUUGCACUCCAGCCCAGCAGCACAUUAGCAUCUCUUCCAGUGCGUCCAGCCCCCAUUACCACUCCACACCCAUCCAUCCAGCAUAUAUACUUUGGGACUGUGGGGAUUGCCUUUUUAGGAGACACCUGAUCGCAGCUGAACUGAGCUGCUUAUCGUCUAUGUGUGCGUGCCCACCCUUGGUACAGAGAGCGCGUGUUUGUGUGUGAGACAACUGAUGAGAAACUAGAACAGAGGGCGGAAAAGGUGGUAGAGCUGUAGUGGAGACAGCGGUCUGUGUUAGCUCCACAUCAAGCAGAAAUCUUCCCAAAGCUGGAGAGGCUGAGGUUCUUCAGGAUGUUUUGGGGCAUGAAAAUUUGCUCUGUUCUGUGAUUGCCUACAGCUGAAAGGACUUCAAAUUUGGGCAUUUGUUCCUGCCAGGAGCCAUUUAAAUCCUCGGAGAGGUGUGACAGCUUCAUUCAAGACGAGGUCCUUUUGUUUUUUGUGAUCAAGCAGAGCCCAGUAUCAUGGAGAAAUUCAAGGCUGCCAUGGUUCUGGGUGCAGUCGGUGAUGCCUUGGGCUACAGAAAGGGCCGUUGGGAAGGCUGCACCUCAGGCAAGAAGAUCCAAGAGGAGCUGGCUUCUCUGGGGGGACUAGGGGCCCAGAAACUGGCCCCUGAUAACUGGCCCCUGAGUGAUGCAACGCUGAUGCACAUGACAACAGCAGAAGCACUUGUAACGGAUUACUGGUGUCUGGAGGACCUGUACCGGGAGCUGGUGCGUCUCUAUGUUGAAGCCAUGGUGUCUCUUCAGGGCAGAGCCCCCGAUCCUGCCACAGUGGAGGGCUGUGUUCACCUCAAACCUCAUAACUUCCUGCUUGCCUGGCAUACACCUUUCAAUGAAAAAGGGUCUGGGUUCGGGGCGGCUGCCAAGGCCAUGUGUGUGGGUAUGAGAUACUGGCAACCUGAGAGACUAGACACCCUGGUGGAGGUCAGCGUUGAGAUUGGCAGAAUGACCCACAACCACCCAACAGGCUUCCUAGGCUCUCUGACAACGGCAGUGUUUGCCUCCUAUGCGCUCCAGGGGAAACCUCUUGUGACUUGGGGCCGUGAGCUCAUGAAGGUCAUUCCGCGGGCUGAGGAGUACUGCAGGAAGACCAUACGACACAUGGCAGAGUAUCAGGAAAACUGGUUCUACUUUGAGGCCAAGUGGCAGUUUUACCUGGAAGAGAGAGAGAUAGAGAAGGAAGGACAGAACAAACCUUCGUUCCCUGAUCACUAUGACGCUGAGG